UCGCGGCGGGAGCCCGGCCCGGCAGUCCGGCGAGGAGCCCGCGGGGCCGGCCUUCCUGCCGGGCAUGAGCCGCCGCCGCUAGGAGCGGCGCUGGGCGGGCGCGAUGACCCACAUGCUGCGCGCGGCGGCCCGCCGGCUGCAAUGGAGCCGCUCCAGCGCCGCGAAGCGCGCUGCCUGCCUGCUGGCCGCGGCGUACGGGCUGAAGGUGCUCUACCCCGUCCUCCGGCGGCGGCUGAGGCGGGCGGGCAGCCGCGCUGAGCCGGGCCGAGGGGCGGCGCAGGGCGGCGGCGGCCGGGGCAGAACCUCGCCGGCGGUCAACGCGGAGUUCUUGAAACAGCUGCUGGAGCUGCGCAGGCUGUUCUUCCCCAAGCUGGUCAGCGCCGAGCUCGGCUUGUUGUGCCUCCACUCCGUCGCGCUGGUUUCCAGGACCUUCCUCUCCAUUUAUGUAGCGGCCCUCGACGGGAAGAUCGUGAAGAGCAUCGUGGAAAAAGAGCCCCGGAGCUUUGUCAUCAAGUUGGUCAAAUGGCUGAUGAUCGCCAUCCCGGCCACUUUCGUCAACAGCACCAUCCGGUACCUGGAGUGCAAGCUGGCCCUCGCCUUCCGCACGCGCCUGGUGAAUCAUGCCUACGAGAUCUACUUCGCCAAUCAGACCUACUACCGAGUGAUCAGCAUGGACGGGCGGCUGGCCAACCCCGACCAGUCCCUCACCGAGGACAUCAUGAUGUUCUCGCAGUCGGUGGCUCACCUCUACUCCAACCUCACCAAGCCCAUCCUGGAUGUCAUGCUCACCUCCUACACCCUGAUCCGCACGGCACGCUCCCGGGGUGCCAACCCCAUCGGGCCCACGUUGCUGGCCGGCCUUGUUGUCUACGCCACGGCCCGCGUGCUCAAAGCCUGCUCGCCCAAGUUUGGCAAGCUGGUGGCCGAGGAGGCGCACAAGAAGGGCUACCUGCGCUUCAUGCACUCGCGCAUCAUCGCCAACGUGGAAGAGAUCGCCUUUUACCGGGGGCACAAGGUGGAAAUGAAACAACUGCAAAAAAGCUACAAGGCUUUGGCAGAUCAAAUGAAUCUCAUUUUAUCCAAACGCUUAUGGUACAUCAUGAUAGAGCAGUUCCUGAUGAAGUACGUCUGGAGUAGCUGUGGCAUGGUCAUGGUCGCUGUGCCCAUCAUCACCGCAACAGGAUUUGCAGAUGGCGAAUUAGAAGAUGGCCAGAAGCAGGCAAUGGUUAGUGAAAGAACAGAAGCUUUCACCACAUCACGAAACCUACUGAUCUCUGGUGCAGAUGCUAUUGAAAGGAUUAUGUCUUCAUACAAAGAGGUUACUGAGUUAGCAGGAUACACAGCCCGUGUCUACAACAUGUUUUCUGUCUUCGAUGAGGUGAAGAGAGGCAUCUACAAGAGAACUGCUGUUAUUCAAGGCACUGAAAACAACAGUAAGAAUGAAGAUAAAAUAGAAUCACAUGUCAAUGGACCCUUAGAAAUCAAGGGAAAAGUUAUUGAUGUUGAAAAUGGAAUAAUUUGUGACAAUGUUCCUAUUAUUACCCCGAAUGGCGAUGUGGUGGUUUCCAGACUAAACUUCAAAGUUGAAGAGGGCAUGAAUCUUUUGAUCACUGGUCCCAAUGGGUGUGGAAAGAGUUCACUUUUCAGAAUUUUAAGCGGUUUGUGGCCUGUGUAUGAAGGAAUCCUCUACAAACCCCCUCCACAGCACAUGUUUUAUAUACCACAAAGACCCUACAUGUCCAUUGGAACACUGCGUGAUCAGGUCAUCUAUCCCGAUUCCGUGGAAGAUAUGCAUGAGAAAGGCUACCAAGAUCAAGAUCUGGAGUGUAUCCUGCAUGUGGUUCAUCUGUACCACAUAGUUCAGAGAGAGGGAGGCUGGGAUGCCAUCAUGGAUUGGAAAGAUGUCUUAUCAGGAGGAGAAAAACAAAGGAUGGGCAUGGCUCGUAUGUUUUAUCAUAAGCCAAAAUAUGCACUGCUGGAUGAAUGCACGAGUGCUGUAAGCAUUGAUGUUGAAGGAAAGAUAUUCCAAGCUGCAAAAGCUGCCGGGAUAUCCCUGCUUUCUAUAACACACAGACCUUCUCUUUGGAAGUAUCACACUCACUUGCUGCAGUUUGAUGGACAAGGAGGCUGGCAUUUUGAACAGCUGAACACGGACGUCCGCUUGUCACUGAGCGAGGAAAAACAGAGACUGGAGUCCCAACUUGCAGGAAUUCCUAAAAUGCAGCACAGACUGAAUGAAUUGUGUAAAAUCUUGGGAGAAGAUUCAGUGCUCAAAACAAUGGACAAAGAAGAAUGAAUAAUUUAUGUUUUAUGUUUUUAGAAGUAUUUUUUUAGUUAAAAGCAUUACAAGUUCAGACAUUAUCCUUUGCAUGCGUUGUGCUAGAGGCUUGGAGCAUAGAGAAAUACAGCCAGCAGAGAAUAAUGCUCAGAAUGCUAUGUAAGACUUCAGCAUUUCAGUGUUAAGGAAGAAAGUGGUUGAACUGUGAAAGGAAAACAAGCAAGGGCACCGAGUAUAAGAUUAGUCGCUGCAGCUUAUGUUAAUUCCUAGUGAAAGCCCAAUUCACUGCAAAGAAGUAGCAACACUUUUAGGUUUUGUAGGUGAGUUUUGGCCUGAGACUCGGCCUGCAGAAUGAGCUCUUGUACCAGGUUACUGUGUGCGUAUGAUAUGCCUGCUACGCAGAGCAAACAUGGCAUGACACUCAGGCAUGGAGCACAGCAGAGGCAGCAUCUGGGUGAGUAUGUGGAUGCAUGCAAAAAUCUCAUUUGGGUAUAAGAAACUUUCAGCCCACGUGAAACAAAACUUUUCUACUACUGAGCAGCGUGCACGUCUUUGUCUGCAUCUCCAUAGGAAGUAAUGCAACAGGCUGAUCAGAAGAUAACUGACUUGACAAACUACUGCCCUUGUGACAAGAGAAACAAGGAUGGAGCUAAAUAUGUAAUAUGCACGUGCUGUACUUUAUGCUGUGAUGCACAACUUCAAAGGCUCUUUGCCCUUGGUGCUAUAUCCGUCCCUCUGGGGAGGUACUUGUCCCCUGUGUAGUAAUCUCUGGUGGGCGGAUGGAGCACUGGGCCUAACAUUAGGAGGCCUUGUUUUUCUUCACUGAGUCAUUCAUCUGCUUCAUGGGCCUGACCCAGCCAGUGUGCACCUCUGAUCUGGUUCCUCCAUUGGUAAAAUCUCAGUGUAGGCACAUGUUUAUUCCGUGAGACCUUUUGUGAUGAGAACUGUAGGAGAGCGUGUCUGUUUCUAACCAUACACUGAAUUCUCAGGCAUGGCUGUCCUGCCAGUUGAAAUGUUCAGUGCUUACAAAGGUUUGUGAAAAUUUAGAGCAUUUUAUAACCACUAAUUGAUGCCUGCCAUGUUUUGUUAGUGGACGAACACUGUGCUCCCUGUGAGCAGAGCAGACAAGAAAAUGCACCAUUGGCAGCCUUGCUCCAGAUGUGCUCUUUGAUUGUGCCAUUGGCUGCCCAGUUCAGUACGAGCCAUGUCCCCAGGCAGUCAGAAGGGGCUUCAAGCUGAUUCCUCUGGAGCUCAGGGUUGGCCUGAGUGCUGCAGGCCAAACUCGGUGAACUAGAAAUAAAGGUGGGAAUGGAUUUUGAGAGAUCCCUGCAAGUACACUGCCAAUCUUGACAAAAUGCUUACUGUGGCCCAUUGGCUUCCUUGGCGGCAGCACAUGUUUGGAUGGGGAGACUGUGCAAGUGUGCACAGACCUUUCCUCCUCCAUUGCUGGAAGCUGUUCAGAAAUGGGCAGCUCAGGAGUAGCUCAGGCAAGAGACUUUGCAGGUCUUUCAUCUGCUGUAGGUAAAUGCCUUAGAGGAGAUGUAGCAAUCCUGAAGUUGUUCGUUCCUUAGAAGAUUUCUUUCUGGCGACUUACUCUGAGAAGGAGCAAUGCAUAAGCUGUUAAGAAGUGCUGAGAGAGGAGAAAUGCACUGGGAUAUUUCCUGAACUGUCUUCAGAACUGAAUGCCAUGGACAGCUUUUCAUAGGAGAGCAGCAUUCACAUCUCAGAGGGAGUUGCUCAGCAUCAGUGCUGGAGAAAAGGCUUUGGAUUGGCAUCUCAUCAUUUCAGAGGUGAUGCCUUUGUCAGUGUCUUUGCUUGAGAGUUCAGCUGUCUGGAGGCUGCCAUUCUGCUGGGUAUGUUUGAACAGUCUGUUAAUACAGACUGUUUACAUUUCCUGGUGACUUCAAGCACAAGAGGAGGGUGUGAUCAGUAGGGAAUUAACUCUGUCUGCCCAACGCCAGCACAGUAACCGUGAGGCUGUCUCCCUUUUUGCUGCAUGCUGGACCAGAACCUGGGAUAACUCAGGUCCUCACCCUGCUCCUCUAGAGUCCAUGGCUUGAAUGCAAUCCUGCAUUGCAUUGGUGGCAACAGUUUGUCCCUCUGGUUAGUUUUUCGCUAUAGAGUCCUCACUGAACUUCUCACUGGAAGAGGAAAGAUCAGUCCUGAGAAUCUGUGAAAGGGAUGAGAAGUGAAGGUUCAAACAAUAAGCUGUUGUGUUGUAGAGUGCAGACUAGAGGUCACUGAUGUGGUGGAUGAUGUGUGCGUGCGUUUUGAUUUGUGAGUGUCUCUGCCUGUCCCUGAAGGCAAGCUUUCCUGCUUCUCAUCUUCAAAAGAAAUCCGUAUCUGCUAAGGAAAGAAAGAAGUCAGCCAAGAAUCUGUUCUGGGUGAACGUAAAUGAGAUGACUGAUGAUUUCAAAGGCUUGUGCAUUUCUGAGCUAUGUUUCUGAACCACUGUGAUGAAUCAGGUGUGCACCAUGUGCGUGCCCUUGUUGCAGCUGCAACGUACUGUCCUGCUGGCAGAAAGCAGCCACAAAACCACUUUUCCACAAGAUUCUCCCAAGGCAGGAGCUGAGGUAGAGGAAGGGGCUCCGUUGCUUUCCGCCUCUCCGUGAUGCACUUUACUGUGUGGCUGGGAGCUAAACCAGGCUCAUCCAGUCCCUGUAUGAGGAGGACACUGAAACAUGUUGAGUGCUUGGCCCAGUUCAGCACAGCUCCCAAGUAUAGAUCCCAUCUUCCAGCAAAGCACUGCAAUGGCACCUGACUUGUUGGGAGCUGUCACUGGUGGGCACAGCGCCCCAAAUCUGCUGUACUGCCCUGCAGAGAUCAAUGCUGGCUCUGUAUUAUGGCCCAACAGAACAGGUCUUCCGUGGGAACUGCUUAGAAGGAGAAAUAUUGUUUGUUUGUUUGUUUUUAAUGAAAUUCUGCAUAGAACAUGCAUCGUGACUGAUGAAAUGUUACUGAAAACUGAAAUUGCACUAGAAUCAGUGUAAUCUUGAAGUCUGAUAUGUAUUUCUUGGAUCCAGUAAUAGAUUGGCUAUUCCUAUUCAGUAACACAGUAACAAAAACCAGCAUCCCAUUCUGCUGUUUGCAUUCUUGCAGGCAUGAAAAGAGCACAAGGGUGCUGAUAGGAGAGGAACCUUCUCUAAAUAGGAGCUGUCUGAGUAAUGCUGAGCCACUUCUAGAAGGAUUUUCUGUACUGGUGAUUCAUACAUCUUAAAAUUGAUUUUGUAGUUUGAAGAGAAGCUGCCCUGCAGAUUUUUUCUGCAAGCUCUCUGGCUUGUUCCAAGUGCUGAUAUAGAUAGGAGUCUCAUGUAGAUAGGAGUUUCAUUUCUGGAGAGCUUUGCCCUUUGUCAAGGACAUGAGCCAACUUACUUUGUGCUGCUUUGGACACAGCCAGAAAAGCAAGCACAGGGUCACACUCUUUCCUGGGGGAGUAGCACAAGGAGAUGCUCUUCUGCAGCCAGCAUACAGGAGCAGCUGCCUGUUAAAGCACUCCCAGAGAGGGCCAGAGCAGGGCAGCAUGCCUCAGUGGAAUCCUUUUCCUUGGUACAAUGAGAGUUAUUCACAAGAGUCCAUUCUUUCUCUGGCUUCCAGGAACUGUGGCUCCCCAGGAAGCCAAACAAGUGUCUUUUUGGCUUACCUUCUCAGCAUUACAUCUUGCUGAGCUGGGCAGAUUCUGCCCUUGAAGUCCUUUCAAGGGCUGAACUUUGCAAAGAGCCAGGCGCACCCAGCCUGCUGCCAGCAGCCUCUCAUGCCCCAGCACUGGGCUUUCUUGGGUCUGUUCCUGGACGAGUGAAGGUGCUAAGCAAAAUUCAUACCAGUCUCAAGCAGGGAUUAACUGUGCAAUAAAAAUGGUAAUUCAAUAAUUUAAUUCCCAGUUAAUUCAGAUAAUAAUGGGAUUUUUUUUCCAGAAUCAAAGUGGGAGAAAACACUUUCUGUGCAUGGGACUUAAGGGUUUUAAUCUAGGAAAAGUUCAUUUUGGGACCACGCUAUUUCUGGUUUUAGAUUUGAAAACUCUUCUUCUACAGGAGCAGAAAAAACUAAGCAUCCUUUAAGUAUUUUUUUUUUAAAACAGUGGGAUCUGUGUUUGAGUGAGGAAUGAAGGACUGGAUAUUCAGUGGGAUAUUUUAGGGAAAAUUGCAAUAAAAAUUAUAUCCUAAAGCAAAUGAACAAACACACCUACAGUCCCCUCCGUAUGUCUGAAUGAUCAUAAUGCAUGUCAAAGCCGAGUUUAUGAGCCUGUGAUCUGAGAUUUCAGUCGUAUACAGAAUGAAAUCACUCUACUGAGCUGUUCAUAAAGCUUCAGAGAACUGAACUGCUAAUCGAAUGUGUCUUUGUUUCAUUUAUGUUUGAUAUUAAUGCCUUUUAAGAGCAGACAAUUUAUAAAGCAAUAAAUCAUGCUUUACAGUUGUAAUUUAUUCCAAUGUCAAAUAAAACAUGUUGCAUUUA